AUGUCUGCCAACGACAACACGUCUACCCUCAAGUCUUACCUCGACUCGGCUACUGGCGCGGCCCAGAACCUUGUCGGUAGCAUCACGGGCAACACAGCCGACCAGAACAAGGGCGAGGCCAAGCAGCAGAAGGCCGACGCCGAGUACAGCGCCUCGCACGCCACAGCCAAGCUCCCUGGCUUCAGCGCGUCCUCUUCCGGCGCCGUCACCAAGGACGACCCCGAUCGCGCUGCCGGCUCCUGGAACCAGACUGUGGGCUCGGCCAAGGAGGCCGUCGGUGGUCUCGUUGGCUCCCAGAACCUCAAGGAACAAGGCCGUCAGCAGAACCUCGAGGGCCAGCAGCAGGAGGCGAAGGGUCAGGUCAAUGACUUUGCGUCUGGCGUCGGCAACCGUCUCCAAGGCUCUAUUGGAGGUGCCGUCGCUGGCCUGACGGGUGACAAGAGCGGCCAGCAGCACUACCAGGACCUUCACGACACGGGCAAGACGCAGCAGCGCGGAGCCGAGCAUGACAUCCAGAAGCAAGCCGAGGCAAAGCAGUAA